UGUCAGUAAUACAUAUAUACAUAACUGUAUUCUUUUUACAAAUAUAUUUACACCUGCGUCAAAAUGGCAGACAUCUCAUUCUCUAGUCGUGCAUAUUGUAAGAUUAUUUUGCAUGCAGCUAAAUAUCCUCAUUGUGCAAUAAAUGGCUUAUUGUUAGCCAAACAAAAUAAUAAAACCGAUGGAAAAUCCGGUGAAUUACGUAUUGAAGACGCAAUUCCAUUGUUUCAUAUCUGCCUUCAUGUCUCACCUAUGGCGGAAAUCGCGUUGACUAUGGUUGAUCAAUAUGCUGGUAGCAAAGGUUUAAUACUUGCAGGUUAUUACUUUGCAAAUGAAAACAUAAAUGAUUUAAGUACAGAUAAACCUGCUCAUAAAAUAGCAGACAAAAUAGCAGAAAACAAUGGCAAUGCUUUACUUGUUGCAGUGGAUAACAAGGAAGUAACACUCAGUAUGAAUUCAAAUCCAUUAAGAGUGUCACAGUAUAUAGAUGGCAAAUGGAAACUAAAAGAUAUAACAGAUGUAUAUUAUGAUAAAGGAGUAAUGUAUACAGAUGCACUAUAUUCUUUACUAAAAGCAGAACAUUAUAAAAAUCUUAUAGAUUUUGAUAAUCAUCUUGAUGAUAUUUCUCUUAAUUGGCAAAACUGCAAGAUUAACAAGAUUAUAGAUGAAAUUGUGGAAAAAUACAAAUAAAGACAUUUAAUUGAAACAUCA